GAGUUCUGUACCUCAAGCUGGAAAGAAAAACAGAGGUGCGCUAUCGGUCAAAGGCAUUGGAAUGAACAGAAGCAUAUCGGCGCUUUUAUUUCUGUCUCUAGGCAUAAUAUUUGUCUGCGAAGGAGGUAAAAUGAUGAUGGGAGAGUAAUUAUGAAGCUUUGGUGCAGUCUAAAUGUGUUUUUUUUUCUAAUAUCGUAUUUGCAAUGUGUUAACAAAAUGUGUCUAAACAUUUUAUUCUCUUUUAUUUUUUAUUUGAGUUAAUCUAAUUACUUUUCAAUCAGCUAUCGAACAUUAUGAACGUUUUCUUUUAGGGCUAUAUAAAAAUAUAUAUAUUUUGGAAUUGAUAGCCUAUGCUAUAUUUUGAUAUAUAGUCUACCUAUGUGGAUUAUUUGUUAUGUAGACCUACAUGUAUAUCAAAAUGUUCAGAUAAUUACAUGUUUAUGUGAUCAUCAUUUAUUACACUCAGUCGAACUUAACCAAAAAUGUUUCUAUGCAGGCAACCCUUGCUGCUCACAGCCAUGCCAGAACCGUGGCGUGUGUACGGCCAUGGGCCCGGACGACUAUGAGUGCGACUGCACACGCACUGGAUUCUAUGGCCACAACUGCACACAACGUAAGUUCAAUGCUGUAUAAACAAAUCAACAUAAAAAAAAAAUCUCGCUAGACACCUUAUUAAUAUGCUUUUAUUUUGAUUUAACAGCUGAAUUCUUCACGUGGAUUAAAGUGUCUCUGAAGCCAACCCCCAACACAGUGCAUUACCUCCUCACCCACUACAAGGGGCUCUGGAAUAUCAUCAACAGUAUUUCAUUCCUCAGGGAUGCUAUCAUGAGAUAUGUUCUGACAUGUGAGUUGAGUUCAAUAGCAUCAUACAGUAGUCUUGAUGAGCUUUUCUCUCUUGCCAUUUGAUCAUGUCAAAACUAGUGAUGUGAAGUUUUGCUUAGUCAAAACUAGGCCAUUUAAUAUGUAGGGCUGCAAAUGCAAUAAUAUACAAAGUCAUCACAGUUUAUUUUGAAUUAAUGUUAAUUAAUUGUGUUCUCUCUGUUUCCAGCUCGCUCUCAUCUGAUCGACAGCCCCCCGACUUUCAAUGCAGACUAUGAUUAUAAAAGCUGGGAGGCCUAUUCCAACCUUUCCUACUACACACGCACCCUCCCUCCUCUGCCCAAGGAUUGCCCAACUCCUAUGGGAGUCGUAGGUAAGUAAGCUCUCUCUCUCUCUCUCUCUCUCUCUCUCUCUCUCUCUCUCUCUCUCUCUCUCUCUCUCUCUCUCUCUCUCUCUCUCUCUCUCUCUCUCUCUCUCUCUCUCUCUCUCUCUCUCUCUCUCUCUCUCCAAACCUGUUCUCUCAGAUUUCUGAACGAUGCCUCACUUCCAUAGCUCCAUUACAUCAUGCACAUGCCUGACAGUCCCUGUAGAGUAGAGCUGGCUGCUUGCCUGAGGUUUACUGUGAGGGAAAAUCACAGUACAAAUUCAUACUCACUGAGCCACACCGAAGUUCGUGUGGCAUUCCCAUGCUUGCUUUUGGUUUGGUGGACAUAGGAUCAGGUUAUUCUAUGGUAUUGGCUAUAUAUUUAUUUUAAUGAUGAAAACAAGCACCAUCUCAUGUAUAUAUUAUAAAACUACAACAUUUAAAAAAGCAAACCUCUAAAUUAAACCAAUCUCUCUGCUUUCCUCCGUGCAGGUAAGAAGGAGCUGCCUGACGCUAAGAUGCUGGCAAAGAAGCUCCUGAUCAGGAGGAAGUUUAUCCCCGACCCUCAGGGCUCCAGUCUGAUGUUUGCCUUCUUUGCCCAACACUUCACCCACCAGUUCUUCAAAUCCGACCAGAAGAUGGGGCCGGCCUUCACUAAAGCCAAGAGCCACGGGGUGAGUACCAACACUGGACAGCACCAGCACAACAACAGCACACAACAGACCAGCACUGAACAAUACAACAUGGUUUCACCCAGGGAUCAAAUUACAGAGGGGCUAGGGGGGUCUUAGCAACCCUGGGUUCACCUUAGAGAUCGAGUUAACUGAAAGAAGACAGCUCUUAUGUAUGUAGGUCUACAUAUGCAGAAUCUUAAGCUGAUCACCCUGUUGCAGGAGAGCUUUCCUGCAAUGUAGGACAUUUAAACCUUUGAGGUUUAAAAAGGCUUCUGAAAUUUGUAAUUUUCAUUUAGAAAAUUCAGACUUUAUUUUCCCUUACUAAAAAUGUAUCAACCCCUACAAAAAUGUCCAUUAAUUAUAAUCCACAUAAUAAUUCACAUUUCCUGUUGCUGCAGGAUUAUUUUCAUGCUGUAGCAAACUGGCUCAAAUUAAGAUCCUACAUCUGUAUGUGACUAAUUUCAAAGCUUGAUUUCCAGGUGGACCUUGGUCACAUUUACGGUGAUAACCUUGAGAGGCAACACAAACUGCGACUCUUCACGGAUGGCAAGCUGAAGUUUCAGGUACUGGACAGAUCUUGUCAACUAUAAAUGACCUUGAACAUCACUGAACAGAUUCUGUUUGUCAUAGGUCCAGCUGAAUAUCUCUUCUCUCACCUUUGCUCUCUAUAGGUGUUGGAGGGAGAGGUGUACCCACCUACGGUGAAGGAGGUAGGGGUGGAUAUGCACUACCCUCCCCAAGUCCCUGAGUCUCACCGCUUUGCUGUGGGCCACGAGGCGUUCGGCCUGGUGCCUGGUCUUAUGAUGUAUGCUACCAUUUGGCUGAGAGAACACAACCGCGUCUGUGAUGUCCUGAAGGAGGUCCAUCCGGACUGGGAUGAUGAUAGGCUCUUCCAGACAUCUCGCCUCAUUCUCAUUGGUAAGCAGUCUAAGCGAGCAACAUGUGAAGAAGGAUGUAUAGGACUUGCUGCUUAUUAUCAUAAGGAAGCCAUGUGGUCAGAUCCUGCAGAUCUUACAUAGUAUCUGGAUUGACAUUGUCUAUUGUAGCUUGUGCCCAUCAAAUAUUGAGUGUAUUUGCAAACAGCUGUACUUUGCUUCUAAAAUAGAGACAUCCAGAUCCAAUAUUCUAUAAUAUUGUAUGCAGACCCAAUAUUCUAUAAUAUUCUAUCCAGACCCAAAAUUCUAUUGUAUUGCGAGCUAAUGAACCAAAGUUUGAACCCAUAUUUACAGUAGAGCUCAUUGUAAUGUACAUUUUAGUCAUUUAGCAGACGCUCUUAUCCAGAGCGACUUACAUUUAGUGAGUGCAUACAUUUUUUCAUACUGGCCCCCCCGUGGGAAUCGAACCCACAACCCUGGCGUUGCAAGCGCCAUGCUCUACCAACUGAGCUACAGAGGAGGCUAUGGGUCUGACCACAGGAAGUGAUCUUCUCCUUUUACAUGAAGUUCUUGAUAGUAAAGUGAGCAAGGCACUUAACCCUAAUUGCUCCUUUAAGUCGCUCUGGAUAAGAGCGUCUGCUAAAUGACUAAAAUGUACAUGUAAAAUGUGUUAAUGUCAGUUACCAAAAGCUGUCGAUCGGUCAGUCUGUUAAUAAGCCUAAUGUGUCAGCAAUGUAAUGGUGCCAUGUAAAUUGGGGCUCAAAACAACACUUGAGAGUUGAUAACACUCUGUGAUAUUAUGUCAAAAUUAACUUUAUGGAGGUUUUUAAUAACUUCCCUCUCUUGUAAAAGGGAUUUUGACCAUGUGGGACAACCUGAAGUAAAGAGUAGAGACAUAAAUAAAUCAUAUAAAGAAACAACAAAGACUCGAACUAAUGGCCCCUCCCCUUACUCCUUCCUGUAGGUGAGACCAUCAAGAUAGUGAUCGAGGACUACGUGCAACACCUGAGCGGCUACCACUUCAAACUGAAGUUCGACCCGGAGCUUCUCUUCAAAGAGCGUUUCCAGUAUCAGAACCGCAUCGCGUCAGAGUUCAACACCCUGUACCACUGGCACCCCCUGAUGCCCGACGCCUUCCACAUCCAGGAGCAGGUCUACUCCUACCCACAGUUUGUCUUCAACACCUCUGUGGUCACCACGCAUGGAAUCACCAACCUGGUGGAGUCCUUCACCAAGCAGAUCGCUGGACGGGUAAGAGGCUCUCUCUGUGUGGGAUUUAGGUUGUACACUGUGGGCUCUGGGUAGCUGCUUAAGGUGUGGUUCAGAAUUAGGAAUGUAAAUGGGGCCUGGUGAACCAAGGUUGAAAUAUGGGUGAUUGAUAAUGGUAAUGUUGCAUGUUAUUAUGUGGAUUUCAGGCAGACUUGAUCCAACUAUUUUACUUUAGUGCUUACCCUGAGGGAAUGUCAGUCAUUCAAAAUAAAGAGAAACUCAUUGUUGUUUAAGGCUGGUCGACUUACAUCUUAUCCCUCGUCCCUCCUUAGGUUGCUGGAGGUCGUAAUGUCCCCCCUGCAGUGCUGAUGGUGGCUCUGAAGUCCAUAGAGAACAGCAGACAGAUGCGCUACCAGUCCCUUAACGCCUACAGGAAACGCUUCUCCAUGAAGCCAUACACCUCCUUCGAAGACCUUACAGGUGAGAACCACCAUUAGCAUCACAGCUAUUACAUAAACACUUAUCAUCCUAAGCAUUGGGAUUGAGUUAGAUUGUAAUAUAGUGAUGAUUUAGUGUAAUUCACUUUUAAGAGUAGAAUGAACAGAGUGUGUGACAUCCUGUGGUAUACUGCUUUCAAUUAAGCCCUGUAAAGGGAUGGAUGGAAGGUUAUUGAAAUAGUAAUACAACUAGCCUGGGCAGAUGGAGCCUGCUGCUGUAAGUUAUAUUGCAGAAAUACUGAGUUCCUUUUCGGGCCUACAGCAAAGACAAACAGAUCUGCACUUUAGUUACAGAUAGUGUAAGCAGUUAGUGAUGGCAGAGAGCCGGGUGUAAACAAGCAGAGGAGCAUCUGGGAGGUCGACAGGCUCUGCACUGCCUCACACUGGCCUGCUGCAUUCCUCUCAGAAAGAAUAAGCUUUUCUUUAAUAACAGUGUGAGAAUAAACAGGACGUGUGUGUGUGUGAAAAAGAGCCAGAGACAGAGAGAGUAAGAGUGAGAGAGAGAGAUGUUGAAUGAGUUUGGAGGACUUUCCAUGUGUAUUGUAUUGCAUCAAGUAUGUCAAGCUUAAUUUCUAAAUGGUAAUGAAACAGCUCUCAAACUUGUAUCGUUUUCACUAACACUUGUUCUGUAGACAAAACACAGACAGCAAGACAUGAGGUCAGAUGUAGAUACAUUACAUCAGUGUGUCAUCCUAAUAAUGUCCCCAUCAGCUUAGUCAGCGACUGAGAUAAGCCAGGUUGAGUAGAGUACCUAACAUAAAUCCCUUUCUCCCAGAAGCCAGACUGAGCCAUGUAACAUUUCCCUCUCUGUCUGUGUUUCUCAGGGGAAAAGGAGAUGUCUGCGGAGCUGGAGGAGAUGUAUGGGCAUGUGGAUGCUGUGGAGCUCUACCCAGGCCUGCUGGUGGAGAAGCCUAGAACCAAUGCCAUCUUUGGGGAGACCAUGGUGGAGAUGGGCGCCCCCUACUCCCUGAAAGGCCUGAUGGGAAACCCCAUUUGUUCGCCAGAGUACUGGAAGCCCAGCACCUUCGGCGGGAGCAUCGGCUUUAACAUCAUCAACACAGCGUCCCUACAGAGGCUGGUGUGCAGCAACAUCAAGGGCCCCUGCCCUUUGGCAUCCUUUCAUGUGCCCGACGUAAAAGACAAUGGAGCCAAUGCCAUUAAUUCCAGUACGGCACAUUCGGGGAGUAACGAUGUCAACCCCACAGUACUUCUAAAAGAAAGGACCACUGAGCUCUGAUAAGACAUCAGCUGAAAUAGUUUCUGGAAUUCACCAUUUAAAUGUAUAAACAUUUCAUGUAUUUAUUUAUGUUAAUAUUUAUUUAAUUUAUUACAUUCUGGAAGCGUUAUUGAGAAAUGUUGUUGAGAAUUUGUUUUGUACUGCCUCAUUGUUUUGACAUGACUUUUGUACGUUGAAAUGUUUAUGCUAAGAGCUAAUUUAAUGUAUUAUGUUAUUUUAA